CGGAGAUCUGUCAAUCUCCGUCCGGGCUUUGAUUCCCCUUCUAGUUGAACGAUGUGGCGACUCGAAACCGGCGUUCUCAGAAUUUCAUUUGCCUGGAGCAUUCCAGGCUGUCGAUACGAACUUGCGAAGGCAAAUCCCCAAGUCCAGGGCUGGCGUGGGGAAUUCAUCAGUGUGGAGAAACUAUUGCUCCCGUCUACCUCCAUCAAGGAAAGCUUCUGGCCGAUGUGGCUUCUAACCGCUCGCCACAUGUGCGGAGAAAAUUGCGGGCUUGGUUUAAGCAUUUCCGUUCCCCAUUGGCUUGCUCGUACCUGGCGAGCCAAAGAGAUACCAGACCAGUUUCCUGGGUCUGAGAAUUUGCGGGAGAACACAAGGAAAUAUCUGAGGCUUCCGAUCUCGCCGCAUUUGAGGGGUAGUCUCCUUGCACCAGAAGUUGAUAAUUUUCAUUCUUCGCAGCCGUACUCUGCGCUAGCCGACUGGGUAAAGGGCAAACUCAAGGAUAGCUGUCCAAGGUUCGACUCCAUCUUCCGCCUCCGCGAGAGAUGGUGGGCGAACCAGAGGAAAUGUGAGGAGUAAAUAACAAAGAAAAAGGAAAGGGGGGUGAAUGUUCCGAAAGGUUGAGCUGCAGGCUGCGGUCCC